AACUGACACUCCUUCCACCAAGCAUUUAUGAAACUUGUUGCCUUAUUAUUAGCAUUACUAUCCACCUCCUCUCGUCCGCCACACGACGGUAAUUUCCCCAAAUAUGAAGAUUCUUAUUCCCAAGUGCAAUGUCAAUUGGUCAACUAUGAUGGUGUAGUGCCCGCUUCGAUCAAUGUUUCCCUUGAUAAACUGUCUCUUGAUGAUAUAGACGUUGCAGUAUCUGCGUUCCUCUACUCGGACUUUAAAAAAAUUGGUUAUCUACCAACCAAGAAGCAGUUCUUGGACGAGGGUUUAUGUAAUCGUCCACAACAACUCACGCCACAUACAACCCCAAGUGGCUCGUUUAUUGACGGUAGAUUGGGUUCGGGAAACCCUCAAUUGACCUUGAGUAUCGUGGAACCAGGCACUUAUUGCGUCUUUGCUCAGGCUUGUACUGGUGACAAGAAAGUGGCUCAAUACAAAAACCUUGACGUCAAUGUCCAAUUUGUAAGCUCACAUGGGAAUUUACCACAUAUUUUAUACUUGAAACAAUCUUGUUACAAAUGGUAUAUCCCACUUGCAUCCAUUUUUUCCCUCAUUCUUGUUUGGGCCUUGACCCAGAAUGGGUUCGGGUACUCUUUAGGGCCUGUUACAUUGGUCUAUUACACCAUCAUUCCGAAAAUUGUAUUCUAUUGCAUCUUUUACUGUUACUCACUCUAUGUCAACAAUAAUUCCAACACCACAAAAUGGGAUUUGGAAAAAUUUAACUUGAUCAUUUCAACAUUGGAGAUUGUUAACCACAAUUAUAUCUUAUCAAUAUUCGUACAAUUGGCAUCUGGGUAUGAUCCAGUCACCACUAAUCUUCCCUGGUAUUGGAAACUAAACUAUGGAAUAAUUUUAUUGAAUUUGGUUACAAUCCCAGUACUGCUCGAUAAAGAUCUUGUAUUGAAUCCAUUUAAACAGUUUGAAAUCUCCACGUUGGUGCGCAUAUUCCCUCUUGUAUUGUGUGUAGCACAAGCAAUGUUUCAAAUACUUUUGAUAAUUGGUAUGUUUUCCCGAGUAUUGGGCAGGUUUAUCAUAAGAAAAUCCCCCGUAGUGCCUUCUUCUUGGCAUCUUAUAUACUUGGUGGUUUGUUGGUCCUUUACGUUGAAGAUUGCUCAAUCCAAUUUAUCUCUCAUCUCCAUUGAUGAACACAUUGAUCGCACUCUGCAGUUAUUUUACUCCUACAUUAGCCAUGUCGAUUCUCUGUACCUUGAGGAUUCGGGAUAUCAAUUUGGAUGGCUGUGUUUCAAGGAAUUUACUAUACUUUUAUUCUUUUACUUUGGUGGAAACUAUGAAUGGAUUAGUGAAAGAAUUGGUUAUAGAAGGUCAAAGGAUAAAUUACAUUGAAGAUAAUUUUGCAGCCAUCGACGGCCAGUGGUACUAAAAUAAUUAGAAGCAUUUUUCUUUCUUAGAUUUCUAAAUCCCAUCUAGAGUAUAUACAAUUACCCCAUUCAUCUUCCUUGUAAAUAAUACCAUCUCAUACAUCUGGACACGAGAAAACGAAGAAACGUUAUUAUGAAA